AUGCAGAAAAUCAUCUUCUCGCCUACACGAUACCUUUACCUCAUAUUUUCUGGAUGUCAGGCAAAACAGGGUCAUGGCGUUCCAGCCGGCCUGCCACCUGAUGCGCACAGGCUUUACCUCUUCGGGAUGCAGACCAUAAAGUGUGUGGUUGUGGGUGAUGGUGCGGUGGGAAAGACCUGCCUGCUCAUCUCUUACACUACCAACAAGUUUCCGUCUGAAUACGUCCCUACGGUGUUUGACAACUAUGCCGUGACGGUGAUGAUCGGGGGGGAGCCAUACACUCUGGGGCUGUUUGACACCGCAGGUCAGGAGGACUACGACAGACUGCGACCCCUCAGCUACCCGCAGACCGACGUCUUCCUCGUCUGCUUCUCCGUGGUGUCGCCUUCCUCCUUUGAAAACGUCAGAGAGAAGUGGGUGCCAGAGAUCUCCCACCACUGUCCACGGACGCCCUUCCUGCUGGUCGGGACUCAGGUGGAUCUGAGAGACGACAGCAACACACUGGAGAAGCUGGCCAAGAACAAACAGCGAGCCCUGAGCUGCGAGAGCGGAGAGAAGCUGGCCCGAGAGCUCAAAGCUGUCAAAUACGUGGAGUGCUCAGCUCUCACACAGAGAGGACUGAAGAACGUGUUUGACGAGGCCAUCCUCGCUGCUCUGGAACCUCCGGAUAACAAACCCAAAAAGCGCUGCAUGGCAACUUUAAAGUGUGUGGCCGUUGGGGACCAAGAAUCACAGAAGACCAAGCUGCUCAUUUCCUACAUGUACUUCACGUCCAAAUCUCCCUCUGAGUUCAGCCCCUGGGUGAUGGAUAACUGUAUGGUGACGGUGAUGAUUGGUCGGAAGCCAUACAAUCUGGGACUGUGGGACACGGCAUGGCACAAAGACUACGAUAGACUACGACCCCUCAGCUACCCUCUGACUGAUGUCUUCCUCGUCUGUUUCUCCAUCAUAUCGCCUUCCUCCUUUGAAAACGUCAGAGAAAAGUGGGUUCCCGAGAUUUCCCACUUCUGCCCAGGAAUACCUUUCCUGCUGGUCGGGACUCAGAUGGAGCUCAGAGAUGACAGAAGCACUCUGGAGAAACUGGCCAGGACAAAAGAGCAACCGGUGACCUAUGAGAGGGGAGUGGAAAUGGCCCUUGAGCUCAAUGCAUUCAAAUAUAUGGAGUGUUCGUCUCUCAUGAAGAAAAGUUUGGACAAUGUCUUUGAGGAGGCUGUCCGUGCGACUCUGAAGCUCAAACGCAGCAGAUCCUGUGUCCUGCUUUCAGCUGAGAAGACCAAGCUUCUGGUAUCCUACACCUCCUACAUGUUGGAUUCUCCAACUGAGUUCAUCCCCAUGGUGUUCACAGACUAUGCUGUGACGGUGAUGAUUGGCGGGGUGCCAUACAUGCUGUGUCUGUGGGACACUGCAGGACAGGAUGACUACACCAGACUACGACCCCUCAGCUACCCUCACACUGAUGUCUUCCUCGUCUGUUUCUCCAUCGUAAUCCCUUCCACCUUUGAGAACGUCAGAGAAAAGUGGGUUCCCGAGAUUUCCCACUUUUGCCCGGGAAUACCUUUCCUGCUGGUCGGGACUCAGAUGGAACAGAGAGAUGACAGAAGCACUCUGGAGAAACUGGCCAGGAAGAAAGAGCAACCAGUGACCUAUGAGAGAGGAGUGGAAAUGGCCCGUAAGCUCAAUGCUGUCAAAUACAUGGAGUGUACAGCUCUCAUACAGAAAAGUGUGAAUGAGGUUUUUGAGGAGGCUGCAUUCACAGCUCUGAAGUCCAAAUCCAGCAAACUCAAAAAAGGCUGUGUCCUCCUGUGUUUCCAGAUGAGGCCCAUUUGGGUCUUCCUCAUUCUGCCUCAUCCUCGUUCUGUGGAUUUGGAGGCAUAUUACAGUAGACGAUGCCCCAGCUCAUCACUCUGGGUACAUGAGGCCAAAGCUCAG